AUGGAAACUCAUAGAGCCAAACUAAGCUGCCAAUGGUUGCAAUGCAAACCGCGUUCUUCAUCCAGCGGCCAUUCUACAGUUGUGGUGCCGUUCUCAAGCAAGAGGAAGGCAGCAAAUGUCUCUGGUUACUGUCUUGAAUCUGAGGGGACAAGUCACGGCAUGAGAGAAGGGGCUAACGAGGAGGAGAAGAGGAUGAUCAAGAAAACAAAAGCAGACUGUUUUAUUCAAAAUAAACAGUUUGAUUUCAAGGAUGAUGAACUUGAAGUUGUUGAUAUUCUCUUUAACCUCCCCAGGAACUUCUUAGAGAGAGUUAAUUUAGAGACUUCAAGCAGUGCUGCGAAUUCAAGCCCCAGUGCCGACCAAGAACAGGUUUCAAAGGAGUCUUCCAAGAAACCAGUCAACCAAGCAAGAAACAGCCCCAGUGCCGAUCAAGAACGGGUUUCUAACAAGAAUUCCAAGAAGACCGUUAGCUCAUUGGAUUCUCGGUCCAUGAAAGAAUCAAAGAAACCAGUCAACCAAAACCAAGAACUCUCUGAACUGCCACAAAACUUCAAGAACUUGAUAAGUGAUAUGGGUGGCAGCAAGAUCACUCUGCUUAUCGAAAAAACUCUCUAUCAGUCUGAUUUGAAUCCGCAACAAAAUCGGCUUUCGAUACCGUCACAGCAGGUCAAGGACAAAGAUUUCUUGCUUCCCACGGAACUAGAAAUUCUGGAGGAGAAAAAGGGAAUAAAAGUGAAAUUGAUCCAACCCUCUCUGGAAAUCACUGAGUUGACUUUGAUUAAGUGGUUCAUGCACAAGGGACCAGAGUCAGAGAAAGUAAGCAUUUCCUAUGUUCUGAGAUCAAAUUGGGUCAAAGUUGCAAAGGCUAACAAUCUAGAAAAGGAUGAUGUUGUUCAAGUUUGGUCAUUCCGAGUUGACGAGAAAUUAUGCAUGGCAAUUGUCAAGCUUUGA